GGUGGCGGCUGCCUCCGUGCGCGUGGACGGUCCGCCGCACCAGAGCGCGCACAGCCCCGUCUGCGCGCUCCCAAACCCCGGAGAGAGGAGAGGCUUUUAUCGCUAGAUAGAGACGACACAUGGGAUGGACAGGCGGGUCAGCGCAGCAGCCCUAAUAUGACAUUAGUCUUGGAUUAAAGGGGGGGAUUAUUUGGAGGUAUGACAACAUCCCCCCUUUAUCCCAUCCAAUUCAAUUAAAGUGGCUGGAUCAAGGCGGCACUCCGCUUUAACUGAGGUGUGGAGGGGUGUGGAGCCGAGGUGCACCUUUUAAUUAGCCCGACUCUCUCUGGGUGGUCGUCAUCUAGCGUUUAUAAGCAAACUUUACUUCAGACAAAACAAAAGACUGCACUAGUCCUACUUGCUGUAGAUGUCCAGUGGCCGCUGGAUGCGCAGCCGGGAGAGCCGCAUCGGUGACGGGAUAUUUAGUCUUUUCUGGACGGAUCUUUCCUCCGGAGCGCACUGUGACGAUGGAUUUGGCGACAUGUGGCGUGACUGGAUACCAAAAAGCGGUACUGAUGCAACGCUGAACUAAAACUGCUCUGUGCAAUCGCUUCGGGAAGUGUGUUUAUGCACGAGUGCACUGACAGCUGCGCUCUUGCAAGAAGCCCAAACAUCUCUUCUCCUCCGUCUCCUCCAAAUCUGCUUGCACAAUAUUUUCCUGAGUUUUUGGAGACGCGGCGGCGGCGGCGGGGGCUGCAGGGGGAGCAGAAAGUCAGGAAAGGACGGGGCUCCCUGGCGAACAGUUGUGAUUAGGCCCUGCAGCAAGGAGUAUGGGGGCAUUCUUAAAAGCCAUGGUGGGAGUUUUUGCUCACAUGGUCCGUUAUCCGGUGUUGUCCUCCGCCUGAAUUGGAAUAUCUUAUCUCCCCCGCCCCCAGUCAGCUCUGCAAACACUGGAGAAGAUUUGUUAAGUUCUGCUCAGUCCAGCAAACUAAAAUAGUUAAGAGGUAUUUAUGUGUUUAAUUGGAUAGAUUACGUUAAUUUACAAUGCAACUAUCAUUAAAUUAUAGUGACUCUAGCAGGCUCCCAAAUAAGUAAAUUAAACAGGAUUUAGUUAAAAAAAGAACCUCUCCACAUGGUCACUUCCCUUUUUUUUUCCUAUUUUUUAAGUGAUCCAACCUUCCUUCUUAUGCACAGUAUUCUCUUUUUUUCUGAAAUACUUUCCAAUGAGUGAAGAAAAGUGUGGGCUGCUGAGUGGACUCGGGCUGGAAGGAAGCAGGCAGCCAGUGAGCCUUGCAGAUUCAAGUGCUUCAAAACAGAAGGGAAUGUAGAGGAAUGCGGGGAUUGACGUCAAGAGGGGCAAUAAUGAACUUCUCAAAAACUUUGGAUGGUCUGCUGCUCGUGUUACUUCAUUCAGAGCAUUACAACCUACUGAGGUUUUCUCUGGAAGUGUUUUUUUCUGUGUUCUGUUUUCCACUACAAUUAUCACCCUACUUGUUAUACUGUGACCAUAGACUUUGCCUUAUCCUUUCCUCCACUUUUUCGCAGAAGAUACUGUGCCUUCGCCAUACAUUUUUGACUUGUGGAUAGAUUGAAACACAACAUGGCAUCCCCCCAACAUCAGCAAUUACUGCCUCACAAUACGGAAGUGAGCUGUGACUCAAGUGGAGAUGGAGGUGUCUCCGUGAGAAUUGGCAGCAGUGGCAAACACAAGCAUGGAGGCGGGCCACUGGGUUCAAUUGGGGCAGGCUUCAUAGGAGGAACCAAACACUGCAAGUACAGCAUUUCAUCAAGCUGUAGCUCUGGAGAGUCUGGAAUGAGGAGGCCGAUGGUCAAGAGUUUUCGUGCCCAGAAGAGGAUGCCUCAGCUGUUUGAGAGGUCAGCAGGUCAUUUCUGGGACCCAAAGUUUGACUCUUUCAUCCUGGAGGAGGCCUGCAGAGAACGGUGUUUCCCUCAGACUCAGCGGCGCUUUCGUUACGUGCUCUUUUACCUGGCAGCUGCCGGGUUCCUCUGGGGAUUGUACUUUGCUGCCAACCCAGCCCGCUGUGACAGGGCAGCCUUUCUCCUUCCCAUUACUUCUUUCCUGCUUUUCUGCUUCCUUCUGUUCCUCCUAACUUUUACCAAGCUUUAUGCUCGCUGCUACAACCAAGCUUCCCUGCUGCUCAUCCUUGUGACCUUCAUCCUGACCCUGGCUCCCCAGAUCCAGUCUGCAGGCUUCAGAGAUACAGAGGUUCCCCCACCUGAGCUCGAUGUGGAAGAAUUUAGUGGCAUGGGGCCGACAUACAACCAGUCUUAUGAUCAGCUUGUGGUAAAUAUGACCACGUCUCCCUGUCUCUCUCCUGUAGGCACCUUCUCCCUCUGUAUUGAGGUUCUGCUGUUGCUUUAUAGUGUUCUCCAUGUUCGUCUCUAUGCCUCUGUCAUGCUUGGGUUCCUCUACUCUGUCUUUUUUGAGAGUUUGGGUUGGUUGCACUUAACCCAGACAGGGGACAACUGGAGUUUGGUUCCACUAUCAGACUGGGACACAAUAAACUGGUUGGGCCCAGCCAAAGCCUUGCUGCAUCUCUGUGCUCAUGCCAUCGGCAUCCACCUGUUCAUCAUGUCUGAGGUUCGGUCCCGCAGCACUUUCCUUAAGGUUGGACAAGCUAUCAUGCACGGUAAAGAUCUGGAGGUGGAGAAAGCUUUGAAGGAAAGGAUGAUCCACUCUGUUAUGCCCAGAAUCGUGGCAGAUGAGCUGAUGAAGCAGGGUGACGAGGAGAUUGGCGAUAAUUCUGUGAAACGUUAUUCCACCAGUGGUGCAGCGGCUGCCAUAUCCAGUCCCAAAAACAACAAACGCAAGAAAACCUCCAUCCCCAGAGGUCAGAUCAUUUUCAGACCCUUCAACAUGAAACGGAUGGAGCCGGUCAGCAUCCUGUUUGCAGACAUCGUUGGCUUCACCAAAAUGUCCGCCAAUAAAUCUGCUCAUGCUCUCGUUGGUCUGCUGAAUGAUUUGUUCGGUCGGUUUGACAGACUCUGCGAGCUCACUGGCUGUGAAAAGAUCAGCACUUUAGGAGACUGCUAUUACUGUGUGGCUGGCUGUCCAGAACCCAGACCGGAUCACGCUUACUGCUGCGUGGAGAUGGGUCUGGGCAUGAUUCAGGCCAUUGAGCAGUUCUGCCAGGAGAAGAGGGAGAUGGUGAACAUGAGGGUGGGCGUUCACACCGGCACUGUGCUGUGUGGUAUCCUGGGCAUGAAACGCUUCAAGUUUGACGUUUGGUCAAAUGAUGUCAAUCUGGCCAAUCUGAUGGAGCAGCUGGGUGUGGCCGGGAAGGUCCACCUAUCACAGGCCACAGCAAACUUCAUGGAUGACCGAUACCAGUGUGAAGAUGGACAGGUUAAUGAACGGAUUGGACAAAGUGUGGUGGUGGACCAGCUCAAAGGUCUUAGAACCUACCUGAUCUCAGGCAGGAAGGAUGAGCCUGUUUCUCCCUGUAACUGCUCCCAGGUGGCGUUAUCUGUGCCAGAGCAUGCUGAUCCUCAGUGUCCUGUGCCCAGAGUGAGCACACCUGAUGGAGCCUCCUCCGCUGGCACCCUUCCUGCAGACAAAACCAAGUCCCCCUGUCUGUCCUGCAGUGUGGUCCUGAUGACAGGGGAGGAUCCGGUUCUGGAUGAAGAAACGGUUUACAAUGGCUGCCAUGAUGACCACAUAACCAACAGCAGCAAGGACUCUUCAAAUCUGAAGUGUUCCCCAGCGGUAUCAGCUGGGCGCAGCCCCAAGGCUGUGAAUGGCCUGCUCAGUCCUCAGCUCGAGGCCUUGAAUAACAGCCAGACGUCGCUGUGUGAGAUGCUGCAGGAAAAGGAAAAGAAGACGUGGAGCGGAGGCCCCAUGGGCAUGGACCACUCGGCGCUCAUCCCUCUGCGGUCCAAAAACUUCAGGGAGAGGAGUGAUGCUCACUUUGUGGAUGUCAUUAAGGAGGACAGUCUUAUGAAGGACUAUUUCUACAAACCUCCCCUAAACAAGCUGAGUCUCACCUUCCUGGAGAGGAGCCUAGAGUCUGCUUACCGGAUAAGCUACCAGGAAGAGGUAGAGAACCAAGCAGCAGUGCAGACGUUUGCAAGCCCGACAUUCAGUUCGUUCUUGGACACGCUACUGUGCAGUUUGGUGUUUCUGGCUCUCUCGUUGGCCUGUUUCCUUCUACCACUCAUUAACCACCAGAAUAUCUCCACUAUGACGCUCAUUCUGACAGCCGUAGCCGCUCUGCUACAAGCUUUGAGUCUGCUGUUUGCUAUUCGGAUGGCUUUUUAUCUGGACAGUGCGCUGAAAUGCACUCGGGUGCUGAUGACAGCCUUCUCAGGCUGGGUAGCUCGUCACUGUGUAGGAGCCUUUCUGGUAUCUCUGCCUGCUGUAGCAGUCUUCUCCCAUGUCACCUGUGACAUGCAUCUAUCCAUUCAGUUCACCAUGUUCAUCUGUUGUGCUGUCAUCGUCGCCAUCAUUCAGUAUUGUAACUUCUGUCAGCUCAGCUACUGGAUGCGCUCAACAGUUGCUACACUGAUGGGAUUGGCAAUGCUUGCCUUGCUCUUCAGCUCCCCCUGCAGUGUUGCUAAAAGCCUGCUUUUCUGGUCUGAUGACCAGAGGAACAAUAGCAACAUCUCCAUCGUCCUGCCUGAUUACCCGGCGGAUCCUAACUCACAAGACCUCCCUCAGGACCUCCUAGGACCUGAGGUCUGCGUGGCUUUUUCGCUGCUCCUUCUCUUGGUUUGGUUCCUUAACCGUGAAUUUGAGGUCAGUUACCGUUUGCAUUACCACGGCAACGUAGAAGCUGAUCAACACCGCAUCAAGAUUCAGAACAUGAGGGACCAGGCCGACUGGCUGCUUCGCAAUAUAAUUCCUAUCCACGUGGCGGAGCAGCUUAAGGUCACCCAAAGUUACUCCAAGAACCAUGACAAUGUGGGUGUCAUAUUUGCAAGCAUUGUUAACUUUAGUGAGUUCUACGAAGAAAGCUAUGAGGGAGGCAAGGAGUGCUACCGCGUCCUCAAUGAGCUAAUUGGCGACUUUGAUGAACUUCUACGUAAGUCAGCCUUCACGAAUAUUGAAAAGAUCAAGACCAUUGGUGCCACUUACAUGGCAGCAGCUGGACUCAAUCCUCAGCAGUGCGCAGACGCAGCUCAUCCACAUGCCCACCUCCGUGCCCUUUUUGAAUUCGCUUUAGAGAUGAUGCUGGUAGUGGAUGACUUCAACAAGAAUAUGCUGGGCUUUGGCUUUAAGCUUCGCAUUGGAUUUAAUCAUGGGCCUCUAACAGCAGGGGUGAUUGGUACUACUAAGCUUCUCUAUGAUAUCUGGGGCGACACUGUCAAUAUAGCCAGUCGCAUGGACACAACAGGAGUGGAAUGUCGUGUCCAGGUUAGUGAGGAGAGCUAUUGCGUCCUCAGCGGCAUGGAUUAUGAGUUUGAUUAUCGAGGUACAGUUAAUGUCAAAGGCAAAGGUCAGAUGAAGACCUUCCUUUACCCUAAAAGCAGUGACAGUGGCCCUGUGCCUCAGUACCAGCUCUCAGUUUCACCAGAGAUCCGAGCACAGGUGGAUGGCAGCAUCGGGCGCUCACCCACUGAUGAAAUUGCCAGCAUGGUGCCAACAACCAGCACAACUGCAAGCAGAACAAAUAUUAUGGUACCUAGUGCCAGCGCUGGUUCCUCAAAUACAAUAGGGCUUAGUCGCGCGAAAGAGGCAGGCAUCCGUGAAAGACGUCCCUCCACUGAGACUUCUUAUGCAAAGCGAUCUUUGUCCCACAGUGGAUUGACAUCUAUACCUGUAACCAGUCUUGAAGGAUCAUCUCCAAAUACCAAACAGCUCAUCACAUCACCUUUGGUCCAGCAAGAUCCAGUCCAAAGUUCAUCAAGAUCCUUGAAAGACAGCAAGAAUGACAAAUACAAGACUGAUUACGAUAGAAAUGCUGGAGAGUUGACCAGGCUUUAAGGAUUUUCUAAGAUGGCACUUUUAUCGUUAGCUCUUUACCCUUUAAUCUCUCGUUCCUGCUAGUUGAUGAGUAGAAGAGCUGUAUAUUUGGUAAAGCUUAAGGUAGAGACACAGGAUUCAGAGGGACACACAGGCUCCAUCUCACGAAGCAGGGAGCAGGUUGCUUGAAGUGUAAAUAUGAUUUGCUGAUAUUAUCAAGAGUGCUUAGUAAACUUCAGAGGAGGAGUCACACAGUGACACAAAGGAAAUGGGAAGAUGUGAAAGCUGAUGUUAAAUGCCUCAAGCCUGCUACAAAACUUAUUAUAUGUUAAAAACCCGUUAUGGUUUUCCUAAAACUUAUUACUGUCCACUAAAACAUUUUUAUUUCAAAACUCUGAGAUGAAAAACAUGAAAUAAAAACCACCUGAAAAGUUCAAACUUCUCCUUUUAUUAGAAAUGAAUGACUUUUCGUUCAUACUUAAUGAUUUUGCUUCAUUCUUUUUGUAUGUCUUCAAUAAGUUAAUGCAGGUUAGAAAAGUGAAAACAUGCACUUGUUGCAUCAGGUCAUAAUGGGUUAGCUUACUUGAUUGUCUCGGCACCUUUAAUCGUAAUUAUUUUAUGUCUUUUAAGUGCCUUUAGAAUAGAAUAAGACGUAAACUAAGCCUCUUGAAUAAGAGAAUAACAUAAAGGGAAAUCAAUACAUGGGAAAAAAAACUUUUGGAGAAGUUUUUUUUUUUAAUCUUAGAGCAACAAUGUGAUAGCAUCACAGUAUUUGUCAACUUAAUGGAAAAAAAAUAUCUUACUCUAAGAUGGUGAAAUCUGCACAAAAAUGGCUUUGAGCCUGCUUUUAUGUUUAACCAGAAAACUCCUCAUGAGAGCCACAGCUGGGACUUAUCGAUACAGGCAGUGUAUCAUGUGGGUGUAUCUGCAUGCUUGUAAUGUAGUGUGUGUUUGUGUGUUUGUAUAGUGAGGUCAUGCAGGGUUUUAAUGAGGAGAGGCUCCCACAAGUUACUUGAACGAUAGACAAACACUUCAGGAACAGCUGUAUGGGAAGAAUAACUGGUUUGCCGAUGUGGCAGCUUUUUCUCUGGCCACAGUUUUGAUCUUUCAAUUGCCUCAGCACAGAGGGAUGAUUGCCUCACGUUUAUUCAGCAUGUUUGCAGCACCGUAGGCUUCUUGCAGUUGAGUCCUAUGGCUUUCUGGGAAUUUAAGCUGAGUUGGUACUGAUGAGUAUUUAAAGGAAUACCUGGUGUACCCUUAGAGUCAGGACUUCAGAUGGACUGAAGAGAACGACUGCUAACGAUUGCAAUAGAUUACACCGUACACGUGUUAGUAGAUAGUAGUUUGAUGACAUGGAUAAUCAAAGCGCAAUGUCACUGAUGUAUUAGUAAAAUAAAUGGUGUUUAUUGUUAUGUAUAACUUGAGCUGUUUGAAGGAGGACCCCCCAGCCCUGCCGCCAGCUGUCUACAACUGAAAAGACAUUGCUGGUGGCAAACAGCUUCCUGCUUUUGCAACUUCAAACUUUGAAUGGCUUGAAACUUAAUGUAAUAGCAUUGUAAAUGCAAAAACCAAUGUACCAAAUGCAUUUUAUGUCUUUAAGAAUUUUUUGGAACUUUUGAAAUGUUUUGCUUGAUGCUACAAUGUUAGAUUAUUACACAUCCAUCUUGCUGUACAUUUUUUCUGUCUGUUACUGUUUCUCAGCAGAAAGGAUUGUGUGCUCAAAAGCAAAAUGGUUUACCAUCAAUUCCACUUUAUUUAUGAUAUUCAUAUAUCGUUGACAACACAGUCUUAUAUUUUUAAACUGCCAUUUUGUAAUCAUUUUUUUAGGAAAUGAAGCAAACGUGACACAUUUGCAGAAACAAAUAACCAAUUUGCCUUCUUGUAUAAUAAACCAUUUCUUUUAACUGUUGCAUAAAAUAUUUAUCUAAUAGUUAAGCAAUAUUUUACUUUAUAUUGUAUGUACAGUCAGGAUAGUCUGUGCCUUUUUACUUAUGAUUUAUUUAUUCUUUAAGUUGCUCUUGUUUCUUAAGUUGGUAUGUCCAUGGCUGUAUGCUAAAAGAAUGUUGUUUUUUUAAUUGAAACACAUUUAAUUUUAGUUAUUUUGAAAAUACAAUUGAACAGUGCCUUUCUUUGAUGUACACAACUAAAUGUAAAAGUAAACAGUAUCAUAUUUCCAUUUCCAUAUCUCCAUUUUGUGCUGUAUACUGAGUCAUACGAUGUUGAGUCUACAGGUAAUAAAAGUAAUAGGUUAAAAGGGAAAAUAAUGCUGUUUUGCUAAUGAGCACACAACCUUUGUAGCAGCCUAACAUGUGUUUGUUGUAAAGGGAUUAUAAUUAUUGUUAUCAAAGGCUUUGUGUUGGUAGAGAUGAUGGUUUUAAAGUGUCAGGUCAAACGUUUAGGCCUAUUUAAGUUUCCUUUUUUUUAAGUAACAUUUUGGUGACAAUAAAGGAACAGUAGGAUGGGUAUUUGUAAUCACACACUUGAUUUUUGCCCACUUUGUUUCAUUGCAAAAUUUAAAAAAUCUAUUUUUUGUGUUGUUUUAUGUAGAUUUACUGAGAUGUAAGUGACAUGUUGGACAGCGGGAUAACACAGCGGGGAAGAUGUUAAAAGGCUCUUGCAUUUUCUUUCUUUGGUCUCUUUGUUUGCUAGUUGUAUUUUUCAUCAUCAGAGAUCCUCUACUUGCUCAUUAUUAAAUCCAAUUGCACAAAGUGCAUAUUUUUAUGUACAAUAUGCCUUUUUAUUCUAUAGUAUUGGAACUAUUUUUUCUUCAAUAUAAGCGCAUGUGCUAGGGUAAGUCUCAAGAACUGGAUCAUCUGAACAGUGCUGGAAUAAUAAUGGCAUGUUUUUGCUUGCAUGUGUGCAAACCUGUUUGAGUGUUUGUAAAAAUGUUCGCCUGUAUGUGUUUUUGGAAAGGAUGCCAGUAUCUUAGAAGGACUGUUAUCCGGUUGUUUCUCCAACUGUUAUCAUGGCAAAAAGUAUGACAUGCGAAGGCUUCAAUCAAUAGAGAUCUUCUUCUCUUAAUUUCAACUUGGCAAAUAAAAUUGAGAAAAAAUUACUGUAUUUGCUGGUAGAAGUAUUUGAGUAGUUUGCCAUUACUUCCAUUAAGUCUUAAUAAACUAUUGCUUUUCUUUUUAUAUCUUUGUGUAUUUAGCACGCUAGUACAGUAGGUGAAGUGGAAGUUUAACAAUGAAUAAAGUCAGUUGCUGAUAAAUGAAUGUCCAAUUGAAUUAAAAGCUUGUAAAAUAUUUUUUUCUUCUUUUCAGACCAGUGAAAGAUUAUAACUGGAACAGCAUUGUAAAAAACUUUUGUUACUUUACUUUUUCUUUGUAAAGAUGUGUUUCACUUUCCUACACUACAUUUAACU